CGGGACUUCACCUAAAAAAAAGAAAAGCUUCAAUGCUGCUUCCCGCCCGCCUCAUAAAAUCUCUUUCUGUCCCUUCUACCACCACGACAACCCUUCACGAAAUAGCUUCUACACGCAAAGGUGUUGCAAAGGUAGUCUUGAAAAAGGGGAAAACACAACUCUUUCGUGAUGGAAGUCCGAUGGUCUACAGCGGGGCAGUUGACAGAAUAAUUGGUAGGCCUCCUCCGAAGACCGGUGAUGUUGUGCUUGUAGCAGAUGGGUCGGAAAAACCUAUUGGAUGGGGCAUGUAUAAUUCAGUUUCUAUGUUUUGCGUUCGACUCAUGCAACUUGAAGAGGAGGCAACACGAGAUUCUUCUUGUGUGUUGAAUAUGGAGAAGCUUCUCGAGACAAGGAUUGAUGCAGCUAUAGAAUUACGUAAGAGUGUGGGGCUCCCAUCACCAGCAACCAAUGCAUACCGGCUUGUUAAUAGCGAAGGGGACAGAUUGUCGGGCCUAAUUGUCGAUGUUUUUGGAAAUUUAGCUGUAGUAGCAUCAUCUGCUGCUUGGGUUGAGAAGUACAAAUCAGAAAUAGAGUUCCAUAUUAGUAGAGUCAAUGAAAUAAAUCAUAUAAAAUGGAGGCCAUCUGUUGAUAUCUUGAAAGAAGAAGGAUUGAAUUUAUCAGAUCAAAGGGAAUCAAGUUCAGUCCCUUCUUCUGAAACAGUGAAGGUUAUGGAAAAUGGGAUUUCUUAUGCAAUCUCAUUGGAGGGUCAGAAGACAGGAUUUUAUGCAGAUCAGCGCGAAAACCGACACUUUAUAUCGUCAAUUUCAAAGGGUCAGAAAGUUCUUGAUAUUUGCUGCUACAGUGGUGGAUUUGCUCUAAAUGCGGCACGUGGUGGUGCUGUACAUGUCAUUGGCAUUGAUACGUCAUUGCCUGCCUUGGAGCUUGCGAAAGAAAACAUCCUUCUUAACAACCUGGAUCCAAGAAAAAUAUCAUUUCUAAAAGAAGAUGCAACUGAGUUCAUGAAGGCAGCUGCUUCAAGAUAUGAAUCAUGGGAUUUGGUUAUUUUAGACCCACCAAAGCUAGCUCCUCGAAGAAAGGUUCUACAAAGUGCAUCUGGUAUGUACAGAAGUUUGAACUCUUUAGCAAUGCAAAUUACGAAGAGAGGUGGUCUUCUCAUGACUUGCUCCUGUUCGGGAGCUAUGACCCAAAGCGGAAUGUUCCUACGUAUCCUUCAGGGGGCGGCAUCAAUGGCAAGUAGAAAAAUUACAGUUUUACGUGAAGCUGGAGCAGCUUGUGACCAUCCAAUCGACCCAUCAUACCCUGAAGGCGCAUACCUCACAAAUUUCUUGCUUAGGGUACUGUAAAUGGCAAAAGCAUGUAAGCAUGAUCACAGGGCAAUAGAAACGCCAUUUUUUCUUGAUAGAACUUCCUAUCACUAUCAUUAUUAUCAAUUUUUCAUUGUUGUGCCAUUUUUUCCUGAUAGAACUGUAUUCAAUGAAUGACAGAGACCUGUAAAAUGAGGAAUAGUGGUCAUAAUGCAUUGGGAUGUGACUAGUUUGUA